ACUGAGCGCAGUGACGGCAGGCUGGAGUUCGUAAAGCGACGGAGGCAAAACUGUAGUGAAGCGCCUUACGGCUGGGGCAACAUCCACAUCAUCUCUUCCCCCUCUGCAUUGUUGCCCCUGCCCUUUUUGCCAUUUUUUUAAACGAGGGGCAGGAUAACCUGUAAUAAUUAUGCUUAGAAGCCGCGUUCCUCUUUCAUUUUAAGUGAUUAUUUGCAGUAUUUCCGACCCUGGGGACCGCAUCUCCCCAAAGUAGCGGAUUUCUAUCUUUUCCUCUACAUUGAAACAUCCUCCACAAACACGCCGCGUAAACAAGUUCAUAAAUGGUGGAGGCCAUUGUGGAGUUUGAUUACCAGUCCCAGCACGAUGACGAGUUGACCAUCGCUGUCGGUGACAUCAUCAGUAACAUCAGGAAGGAUGAGGGCGGCUGGUGGGAGGGAGAGCUGGAUGGUCGGAGGGGGCUUUUCCCUGACAACUUCGUCCGGGAGAGAAAGAAAGAAUCAAAAAAGGAGGUGAAGAAAGAGUCCAGUUUGGCCGGCUCCAAGUCAGACCUGUCCAAUGGCAGCGCAAGCCCCAGAUCAGAACCCAGCCUCAGACCCGCCAAGAAAGGUGAGAUGAUCCGAAAACGGCGCUUUAAAGCUGCUUUCAGCUACACUCCACAGAAUGAAGACGAGCUGGAACUGAAGAUUGGAGACGUGAUUGAUGUUCUGGGGGAGGUGGAGGAGGGAUGGUGGGAAGGUGUUCUUCAUGGCAAAACCGGGAUGUUCCCCUCAAAUUUCACCAAGGAGGUCCUGGCCGAGGUUGAGGAUCUGACACCACAGGACGACACACGCAGCACCCGAACCAGUAUAAAGGACAGCACCGGCUCUGAGAGCGAUGGCGGCGACUCCAGCAGUUUGCGCUCAGACACCGGCAGUGUUUCCUCCAGCUCCGAGAUUCAGCCCAAAAAAGUGCGAGGCUUUGGUUUCGGGGACAUUUUCAAAGACCAGCCCAUCAAACUGCGGCCGAGGUCUGUAGACAUGGACAGCGAGGCAGAAAAGCCUCAGAUGGUGAAGAAAGCGACUCCAGCUAUUGGCCAGGAGACCAUGAAGGCAGAGCAUGAGAACAAGGCCAAAGCAAAGGAGUUUUGCAAAGUUAUUUUCCCCUACGAAGCUCAGAAUGAAGAUGAGCUGUCAAUCAAAGAGGGAGAUAUUGUUACGAUUAUCAAUAAGGACUGUGCAGACGCUGGUUGGUGGCUCGGAGAGCUGAACGGCAAAAAGGGAGUGUUUCCAGACAACUUUGUCAAGUUAUUUAUCCCUGAGGUAGAAAAAGAGAGACCUAAGAAACCACCUCCUCCUGCAGCACCAACCACAAAACAUAUCACAGACAAAAAGACAGAGACAAAAAAGGUCCCACCAGAGCGACCUGAAUCUCUCCCGCACAGAGCCGAGGAAAAAGGUGAGGAGUCCAGGCUGGGUGAGAUCCCGAAGCCGUCACUGCCAGUGGUUCUUCCAAAGAAGCCUCUUCCCCCGAAAAACAACAACUCGUCAUUGAAUCGACCGUCAUCCCUGCCGCCUAAACGGCCGGACAGACCAGAGAGACCAGCUGUGCCCAAUAUACCAUGUGAGAGUCCAAAGUCUGAUGGCACUGCCGACAAAUCUGUAGAUGUUGAUGUAGAAGACUUCGACUGCAUCGUCUUGUCCACAGAAAAGCUGAACCACCCGACCACAUCACGGCCCCGUGUGACGGACCGAAGACCACGCUCGCAGACCUUCACAUCUUCCUCUCUCUCUAGUCCUGACCUCCUGGACUCCUCAUCUCCAGAGGAGGAGAGGAGAGACAAGGUGACGGGAAAGGAGGAGCAGGACUCAUUCACUCCCAAAACUCAUGACAACUCCAAGAAGAUGCCCAAGGCAGUGCCAGUUAUAACAGUUCCUGAGAAAUCAUCUUUACCUCCUAAGCCCAGUGGUCCAUCAUCUUCAUCAUCAUCGUCGUCUCUCCACCAGGGCAGCGCUGUACUGCGGCCUCAUUCGCCUUCGGUUGAUGCCAGAGGGAAGAGCGAACAGGGUCCCGCCACGCUGGAGGAGCUCAGAGCACAAUUACGAGACCUGAAAGGAACUGUAGAGCUCAUGAAGAGCCAGCACAAACAAGAAAUCAAACAGCUGGUGAGUGAACUGGAUGAGGAGAAGAGGAUUCGUAUAUCACUGCAGAUGGAAGUGGAGCAGAUUAAGAAGUCUCUGUCCAAAUGAACUCCAGCAUGCAGGAUGCGUAAGAUGAAGGAUGUGUCGAGGCUGAAGUAGAUUGUGCCAAAAAAGAACAAAAAUGUAUCAGAACAACUGCUUAAAACAACUGUUUACCCCCGAUUCUCUUCUACUCUUUCUGCUUUUUUUUGUUUUGUUUGUUUUUCUGCAUUUUACUCAGACUCACAGACCCGUUGCCCCGGGUCUGGCCUUACUGUGGGUCAUCAUGUGGUUAAAGGGUUUGGUUAGCUGGUCACCUGCACAUCUGUGACUAGUUAGCCAUCAUCCAUCACACUCUCUGGUACUGAACGCAUCAAAUGAAGGAGAAACCAUGGCGUUUUACUUACAUACUGUUCACCUUAAGUUCUUUUCUUUGGACUCGGAGGCCUUCUGUUCUUUUCUUUAUAUGCAAAGACGAGUUUCGUUUCAUUCCCCAUCAGCAACCCAUAAGAGGCCUUGUUUAAUUUCAAACUCUUCAGUCUUUCCUCUUUGUUUUACGUUGGUGACGACAAUGAGAAAACUCACAUUUUGUUUUCUUGACUUCUUGAAGUUAUUUCUUUGAAAUCUUCUAUAUAUACUUUUAUAUUUUAAUGUACUAAAUGCAAUUAUGUGUGCAGAUUUUAUUAAAAAAAAGAUUCUUCAAA